GAAUUCGAAAAUAAAAUUUUCGCGCCUUCUGUAGCUUCCUCUCUACCUUUCUUCAACUUCAGAAUGCCAAACCAAAUCUUCUUCCUUCAAAAACGCCCAAGCCUCUCCUCCAAACCCUAAGCUCCCAAGCCUCUACUCCAACCAUGGACGACAAAGACCUAGACGACGCGGCUUUGUGGGCCGUGAUCGACUCCGCCGCCGCCUCCCACUCCUCCAAAUCCAAAUUCCAAUCCCGCCAACCCCUCGCUAUCCAAUACCAGCGGCCGUCUCCGCUGAUCUCAAACCCUUCGCCGCCGCAGAAGCUCUUCAAGACCGCUCGGAUCUCCUACUCCGGCGAAUCCGACUCCAAAUCGGAGGGCGAGGUCGUCGAGGAGCCUUGGGCUUUCCACCCGCCGAGGAAGAUCGCCAGGUCAGAAAACGACGGCAAUUCUCUCGCCGUAGUCAGAAAUGUGCCGCGCACGCCUACCACGCCGGUGUACGCUUCGCCGGAGUCGCAUUUGUCGCCGGGAAUCGGGAGGUUUAGUAGUCCUGUUAGCUAUCCGCAGAGAGAAGAGAGGGAUAAUAAUCCUGUGCAGACGGUGCAGCAUAGCUUGUCUGGGAUGUUUCCUUCGGUUUCUUUGUUUAAGGAGUAUCAAGAUGCAGCUAUGGCGAUCUUGGAGAAAACUGAUUACACUAAGAUUCAUGGGAGUACUUAUAUCAAAAAGUCAGGUUGGAGGAAGAUAUCGUUUUACUUCAAUCUCUCUUUUGAGAUCAAGGACAAGAGCAUUGAGUUUGAUGAGAGUCGAAAUGUUCUGCGUGCAGAGUUUGUGGUUCGGGCACACAUGCAGGGUGGUAGGUUCUCGGAUGGAUGGGGCUCAUGUGAUCGGCGUGAGAAGAGAUUCAACAAACCAAAUCAUGAUAUUCCAAGUACAGCAGAGACCAGGGCGAAAAAUAAAGCAUCCUCGGACUUGCUAGGAAUUGGAGAUUACAGACCUGGUGCAAGUCAAGACCACCAAUAUGCAUGAUCAACCAAGAUUUCUCUAUUAGAUUUUAUGGUCUGUACUGUAUACUGUUAGCUGAGAGAUUAUGCAAGUUUUUCCUUUAAAAAGUUGAAAGAUAUCGAAUCAUACACACAACUAAAAAAGGUGAAACUUCACUUGGAGCUUCCGAAAAGUAUAACCUCUAUACUUGUGGGUAGCGAUGCAAAUCAUGCUACUGUAGUUAGAUUUACUGCUUUCUGAUCUUGCUAGUACACAACAGAUGAGAUUUGAUGUAAUGGAACAUUGGAAUGUGCUGUUUGGUCCUACUCACAUUGUUGGAGAAUCAUACAAUUUAUAAAGCUG